GCAGAAAAUGUUGACGAUGCGGACAGAAACGAAGAAACGGCCGGGGUGGGGCGGGGGGCGUCGCCUGCGCAAGUCCGCUUCAGCACGGGGAGCGAGCGAGGGAAAACUCUAGGUCCAGGCCCGGGCAAGUCGAUUUUGAUUAAACAGAAAUUUGGCGCGUCGCCGGAACGAGAUGGCGCUGGAGUCCUGGACACUGUCGGGAUUGCAGCUCCAUGGUGAAAACUGGGGGCGAGGGCGUGAUGGGUGGAUGCCCACGGAGCGAAGACGGAACAGGUUGCCUAGCAGGCCCGGACGAGGCGGCAGCUUUUGCCGGCAUUGCCCUUUGUCUUUUGUACACAGAAGCAACAGCCGCGUCGACCCUCGACCCUCGGCCAGCGUGCCAGUCUCUUGUUCCAGGCCAGCCCGAUGGCCGGGACGAGCCGUCAACUGGCUAUCCCACAUACCAGAGACAUCUUGCAGCAUCGUGGCAAUACCGAAUGUCCUGAAGUAUUCGAACUUGCCAACAGGUAGAGCAUCGACGACGACACUGCCUGUGGCACGUUUGCAAAGGAGAAAGGAGAGACUUGACCGCAACGUGCCCUGUUGGCAGUGGGGAUUGCCAAAGUCGACUCGACAUCCUGCCCGAAAUGAUAGGGGGGCCACGCCUACAUGCCGCCCUAACUCAUAUCAUGACGAGCUUGUUGGGUCUUUGAGCAGCGCAUCGCCUCCGCGCAGCAGAGCGUGUAGUGCCGGCGAAGUCAGAAGCACCAUCGAGCGAGAAUGGAUGCAAAUUAACAGUUUUGCUGCUGCGUCUCCGGCCCCUCUUGAUCUCGAUCGGGAGAGGCCGUGCCGUCAAAGAAGUGUUCAAAGGCACGAGCGAAGCGUCCAACGAAAGCGCCCUGUCGCGCCGUGUCUGCGAGAAACAAAUUCGGGAGGGGGGCCAAUCUUCCGCUGGAAGUUGGCGGCGCGGUGAUCUUGAUCAGGGACGGGCAAGCUGGCGUGGCCCUGUAGCCGCCGGUCGGGUUUGGGCGCUCCGUGGAAUUUGGGGGAGGCCAAGCCCCAAGGUAGAGG